AUCCGAUGCAGACAGAUGCGGUAGUGGUGGCUUUUCACCUCCGCUUAAGUUAAUAACUAUCCAAAUCCCCAAACCCAAAUCCCAACUCCCAACCAAAGUGCGGAGCAUUCACCACUCAAUUAAUUAGUAGCUUCAUGGUGGAUCGUAGUAACAUGACAACAACAACAACAACGCCGGCGCCGGAGAUGGAGCUUCCGGGAUUCCGGUUCCACCCCACGGAAGAAGAGCUUCUAGACUUCUAUCUCAAGAACGUAGUUUUUGGGAAGAAGCUACCUUUUGAUAUAAUUGGCUUCCUCAAUAUCUACCAUCACGACCCUUGGGACUUGCCUGGUUUGGCCAAGAUUGGGGAGAGAGAAUGGUACUUCUUCGUGCCGAGAGACAGAAAGCACGGCAACGGUGGACGACCCAACCGCACCACAGAGAAUGGGUUUUGGAAGGCAACUGGUUCUGAUCGUCACAUCCGUAGCUUAUCCAACCCAAAAAGGCUAAUUGGCCUCCGGAAGACCCUAGUCUUCUACAAAGGCAGAGCUCCUCGUGGUUUCAAGACCGAUUGGGUCAUGAACGAGUAUCGCAUGCCUGAUUCCUCCUCCUCCUUACUCAAGGAGGACAUAGUAUUGUGCAAGAUCUAUAGGAAGGCAACUUCCUUGAAAGUCCUGGAGCAGAGGGCAGCCAUGGAAGAAGAUAGCAAGACACAACAACCCUCUGAGGCAUCUUCAUGGACAACAGUGGAUGCAGAGAUCUCAAUGUCAGAGCAACAGGAAAUCUUCACCACGCAAAUUUUAGGACUGGACAUUCAAUUGAAAACAGAAGAAGAGGAGGAAGAGGGAGAAUUUCUGCAUAAUGAUGAUCAUGAAAAGAAGAAUAACAAAGAAGAAGCAGGAGAAGCGAAGGAGAAGCAAGAGGCCUAUACCGGAAUCAGAGUAGCCAAGGAAUUGCCGGAACUCCAAUUGCCCAAACUCACCUUCGAUUGGACACAAGAUCCAUUCUGGACCCAACUUCGCAGCCCAUGGCUAGAUAACUGGGCCCUUACUCCUAUGCACUGAAAUAUAGAUAUGCCUUAACUAAAACAAGUGUGCCUCUGGGCUUAUCAAUUAACCAGUCAUUAAAAUAAAACGAAGGUGCACCCAUGGGCUGCUUCUGAGACCAAACCCUGACCAGGCCAAUCAGACUGAAUGAAACUGGGCAAGGCCGUAAGGGUGUUUUCUGGUGAGUGAGCAGUUGGGCCUUGAGGGGCCACUGUUGUAAGGUUCAACAGUAGAGCUGUCUCUAGGGUACUACUUUUAUUGUAUCCUGUUCUUAUCAAUCGUAGUAGAACGGAUUUGUUGUUGUUUUUUUUUUUUUUUUCCUAUUUAAUUCUAUUAUAUUAUUUUCACUCAA